ACAAGGAAAUAACCUUGGAAGAAAAAAAAAAGGAUCGGAAGGACGUCUACUAGGAUAACAACAGGAUGCAGUCAUUUAUUAGACAUAACUGAAGGAGUUUAUUUGAACGGACGCGCACCUUUUCUUGUUGCUUGGAAUUAGAUGGAUAAAUUAGGAGACUGUGUCAGGUCGUAUAGUUGGAGUGUUUUGAGUCUAUGUUACAGUUUUAUAAAUCUGAUAGGUUAUAGUAGAGCACAAAGCCGUGCAUCUGCUUCAUCAAGAGUGCCCGCCCCAUUGAGGCUUUCUGCGGAGCGAUGGUGAGAGAUUGAUUAUAGUCUCCGGGAUUUACGGUGGAAAAAAGCCAGAGAAAGAGCUGCUCUCCGAUCAGCGAAUAGGACUUAUCCCAGACUCCUUCGCACUCCCUUCAUCCCUCAAGACGCUCUUUGAGUCUUUUUUUUUAUGUUUUGGAUGAGGGAUCCAAAAUACGCACAAGUCACGCCGGACUUCUUUUUAAAAUUGUUAUUCUAAGGACGCUGCUAGUGUGUGCGCGCGCGCGUGUAUGUAGGCGUGUGUGUGUUGGGGGGUCGCCUCCGCAGUCUCGGAUGCGUAGUAAGCGGGAGAGUGGGUUGGGUCGCCUUGGAGCCAGGCACACGCACACGUCGUCAGCGAUGAAAAGCGUAUAGGUGAGGGUGAGGGCGAGGGGAAUACGCGUCACCAGAAGCUUGUGUGUUGUUGGGGGGAGAAAGUCGCACACCGGACUCGCCGGCUCUGGAUUAUAGACUCUGCCGUCCAGACACCCCCCUCAGCAGGUUCUUGUGGGAUCCGUACACCUUUCUUCAUCUCUCUGAUCCAGAAUCAGCGAUACUGGCUACGGUGCCUCGACCGUUGCAUACUCAUCUAAAAGAAAGGGGCCAAAUUGGUGGUGAUUCCGCGGACCAACACACACAAUGGCAACCGGUGCGCUCCUGCUUGCCUGUGCGCUGCUUGCAGGCGUUGCAGUUGCUCAGAGGGUCGUGACAGUCCAGAGUGGACCCCUGGUCCGGACAGAAGGCUCCCAUGUGACCAUCUGGUGCAACGUGACAGGCUACAAAGAUGGUGUGAAACAGGACUUUGACUGGUCCAUGUACCUACCGUCAGUACCAGAACGGGAGAUCCGGAUUGUAAGCACAGCCCAGUCAGACUAUGCUUAUGCUGUGUAUGCCCAGAGGGUGAACAGUAAAGAGAUUUUUGUGGAGAGACUGAGUGAUGACUCGGCGAUUCUUCACAUCACCAAAGUGCAGGCCAGGGACCAAGGUGUGUUUGAGUGUUACACCCCCAACACGGACGGGCGGUACCUGGGAUCCUACAGCGCACGCACCAACCUCACCGUGAUCCCUGACUCGUUGACAGUAACAGCUCCUCCCCAGACUCUGUCCAAAGUGGAGGGUGACACAUUACAGCUCAACUGCGAGGUGUCUCGAACCACAAUGCAGCAUACACACCUGUCGGUCGGUUGGUACCUCAGGUCCCCUGAGGAUGCAACUGCCCCACCUCAGGAGCUGGUCACUCUGUCCAGGGACUUUGUUCUACGCUCUGGAGGACCUUAUCGGCAGAGGAUGGCAGCGGGAGAUCUCAGGUUGGAUAAAACCAGUGCCACAUCCUACAGAUUGACCAUUCACAAGCUCCAGCCUGUAGACCAGGGGCUGCUAUACUGUCAGGCAGUCGAGUGGAUUCAGGAUCCAGAUGGAAGCUGGUUCGCAAUGACACGCAAGCAGAGUGAAAAAACACAGCUCCGCAUACAACCGACUGAUCGAGACUUCAGCAUCCAGGUGAGCACGGAGCGGCGGUCCUUCAUGGCCGGUGAGUCGCUGGAGCUUCGCUGCACCAUAGAGGCGCAAAACGUCCCCGAGCGUUUCUUCUCGGUGUCGUGGGUUUUCAGCAGCUCACCGGUGGCCGUGGUGGGCCCCAGUGCCGUGCCUGUCCUGGGCCCUGGUUACGUUGCCCGUGAGGCAGCCGGACUCGUGACCGUGCGCAAAGAGUCUCCCAAUAUUCACUUGCUGAAGCUGCAUCGCUUGAGUACAGAAGACGCCGGAAAGUACAUCUGCCGCGUUACGGAGCGGGAAAAGACACCAACGGGAGACUUCAUUGACCGCAGCAAAAGGUCACGCAAUGUCCAGAUCACAGUUCAACCACUCAAGAACAACACCACAGUGUCGCUAUCUGCUAACUCCUCUGAGGUCCUAGAAGGAGACCCGAUCCAGUUGAUGUGCUCAGUCAGCUCUGCUAUUGCCCCGCUGACUGUCGUAUGGCAGUGGACAGGCAGGCAAUCAGCCGGACCGAUCCAGGAAGUAGCCUCUGUGGAUCGGGACGGUACUGUAACUCAUGGACCCAGCUACAGGGAGCGUUCCGGUUAUGGGGAAAUUCGCGUUGAGCGGAUGCGUGCGGACAUUUUCUCCCUAUCCCUCUACAAUGCUUUACCUGGAGAUGAGGGUCAGUACCGCUGCUCAGCUACCCAGUGGAUUAACAUCGGCACUGAAACAGAGCCAAACUGGGAGAAGCUUGGCGAGCAAUCAGCCACCAAAACAGUCACAGUAAAGACUGUUGAGUCUUCCUUUAUGGUGUCGGCCUCAUCGCGGACCCCAUCGAUCUCCUUUGGAGAUUCCUUUGACCUCCUGUGUCUGGUCAAGCCUCGCCACAACCCCAGAGUCCCCACGUCGGUCACCUGGCGUUUCAUGCCAACUGGUGCUCAAGAUGACGAUCAGGGAGAGUUCAAGGACCUGGUGACAUUCACUCGCGAAGGCACCCUGCAGUGGGGAGAACAACUGCUUGGUUUGGGCACUCGCACCACUGUGGACCGCUCACACUCCAACACCAAUUUCCGAUUGUCUGUGACACGCGCAGGGCGCCGCGAGGCUGGCAAGUACCAGUGUACUGCCAUCCUGUGGAGGAAGAACUAUGACAACAGCUGGAGCAGAGUGGCUAACCGCACCUCCAACCUUCUGGGCAUCAAUGUCCUUCAGCCAGAGAAUAGGCUAAAGGUGCUUAAGAACAACCAGUCUCUGGUGUACCAGGAGGACAGCAGGGUCAGGAUCAAUUGCUCGAUCACCUCCCAGACCAGCCAGGACUCCCAACAUGCUGUGCUAUGGUACAUAAGACGGGCAGCGGGGUCAGAAACCGAUGAACUUCUGCUUAGGAUCGAACGUACAGGGGCCUUUGAGUACGGCGCCUACGCAGACGAGGAGAGACUGAGGCGGCGGGUCCAAGCAGAGAGGCUCUCACCUCGCCUCUAUGCACUGACUCUGAAUAGGGCAGAGAGCAGUGAUUCUGGGACAUAUUACUGCUUGGUGGAGGAGUGGCUGAGUGACCCAGAUGGAGCCUGGUAUCGACUCUCCCGGGAUACCUCAGGCUACACCAGGGUUCUUGUCAAACAACCAGAGCCUCAACUACGUGUUGAUGAGCUUGAGAAUAACGUGACAGUGGAAGAGUCCAACUCAAUUCGACUGGGCUGCAAUAUUUUCAGCCAGUCGUCUCCCGACUCGCGCUUUUCUGUGUUCUGGUACGUGGAUCGCUCUGAUGACGAGGACAUCGAGGACCAGCCAGGGGAAGACGACGAUAAGCGGGACUGUGUGUUUUCCAUCGGCCAUGACGCCAUCUUUGGAAAUGGAAACUGCAGCCCCGCUGACGACAGUGGGCCCGGUUCCCGCUUUCAGUUUGAGAGGACUACUUCUGACCAGUACAGCCUGACCAUUCACGGAGCCCGGCCAGCAGACGCUGGUCGUUACUAUUGCCAUGUGGAGGAGUGGCUUCUCAACCCUCGCAAUGAAUGGUAUCGCCUUGCCACCAAUAAUUCUGGUGUCACCACUGUCAAUGUACUGCAGCAAGUUUCCACCAUACAGUCAGUGGUGUGCUCCAACGAGUCCCUCUUCUAUUUCCUCUUCUUCUACCCUUUCCCCAUCUUCGGCAUCCUUCUCAUUGCGUUGCUGGUCGUGCGCUACAAAGGUCGCAACAACAACAAGAGCCAGGAGGGCAAGAAUGGCGCCCCCCUGCUGUGGAUUAAGGAGCCUCACCUCAGCUACUCUCCCACCUGUCUGGACCCCCCAGCACUCAGCUUGCACCCCGGCUCGGUUGACUAAGCAAGGGAGUGUCCGAUCCCCGCCCUUUUUUCUGCCUCACGCACAUUGCGGACUCAGCUGACACAAUGCCAGGGAGCCUAUGUGGACUCCACCUUCAGACCUUACUGUUGUUCAAUGCCGUGUUGAAUUAUAGUCAAUGAGUUUUAAUAUUUCUACUCCGGCGGCUGUUUGUUUUUAUGUUGACGGGCGUGUGUUUGUGUGUGUGUGGAUGUGCUGACACGGAUGGAUGUACCAUUUCAGCACAAUUAUUUGCGCGAGGGCAAACUGAAGGGCGAGAGAGUACCAUGAACCUCUCCCAGUUUCUGUAAAGCCUAAUCCCAUAGUUGCGUUUUGAUUUUUAUUACAAUAAAUAUUUAUCUAUUUUUCAAUAGAGAGUGGAAGAAAAACUGCAGAUAAGAUCGUUGGCCAGUCUUGGGAAGAAUAUUUAAGAGCGUGAACUCUGCAGGCGACUCCAGCAUUAAACGGUAUGCAGAAAAGUCUUCAAACUGAUCCAAGUGCAGCCACAGCCUAGCCUACUAUGCUGGUUCCCAUAGCAAUGCUCUGCACCCACUGACUUCAUAGCCGCUGGCUCCGUUGCCAGGCUGCAAGGAGACAAAGGCUAGGACACACAAGUCUGUGUCCUGAGCGAGGAUGUGUGUUGGCCCACCUGCCUCCACAAUGGAUUCGCCUUGGCAGACUGAAACAAGUCCUGGUGUGCCACUUAAACACUGUCAGACACUCUGGCCCGAGUGAAAGACUGCCCCACUCGUCUUCUCCACCCUUCUCUCCGAAAUGAGACGACAAGGGAAAGUAAAGGAGGCUGAAAAUUAUGGGGAAUAAAUGAAAAGGUCUCUUACUGAAGACAUGUGAACUUAAACAUAAGUGAUUUUCUUUUCUUUUUUUUUUCUUUCAGUGCCAAGUGCUCCUUUUCAAUGCUGUUGUCUGCAGCUAAUGUUUGAAGUUUUAAAAGACUGUGGGGAAGCUGAUGGGUUCAGAGGCAGUCGAUUAAUAUGUCUGCAUACAUCCUGCUGUGGAUUUAUGGGCCUUGCUGGCUGUUAGAUCUUAAAUAAGUUCAACUUUUUUUGGUUAAAUUAACUGAGUUACUGAAUGAAAUUUAUUUUUCACACCUUUUCCUUGGUUGCCCUGAAUCACCACUCCUUUUAUUUAUUUAUUUUUUAAUACAAAGGCCACAAUGAAGAAUAUUAAUGAGUGGUGUGGUAGGUGUAAUAUAACACAAAAAUUCUACCUGCUCUUUAUUUGACAAGGAUAAAUGUUUAGUUUACGAUAUUUUGUAUUUAUUGUUUUAUACAUUUUUUGCAUUGCUUUGUAAGAUUUUCCCACUUUUGCCUCUUUAUUUCUUAAAAAUGUGUGCAUUGAACACAUUAUAUCAAUAGCCUGUGUGUUGAAAAUGUGGUAGAAGUAGAAAUGCUAGAUCCGUCCUGCGCGUUGCAGUUUGUAGCAUUUCAUUACCAGGCUGUCAGGUUUGUUCAGUGUCAGAACACUGUAUAUCUAUACAUAUAAUAUGCUGUGGCUUUAUGUGUACAAUAGUUGAACAAAUAAGUCACAAGAAUCGAUUCACUUAUACGCUUUUUUUGCUUGUUUAUUUAGUGAAAUGUGAUGUAACACCUAUGUAGGAUGUUUCAACUGAAACUUGAGAUGUGUUUGGUUUUCUUUUUUUUUUUUUUUCUUAGUCACGGAAGCUGGUUCCCACAUAACCGUGACGUAAGGCAGGAGGGCUGGAAAAGCUGUGCCACCUUGUCAGCCCAGAGAGGUGAAUCCCUCUGCGUAACCCGUACACUGCCAGACUGGACAUGAAAACUCUUGAAAAAAACCUGUCUCAGUUGUGUCAACAUGUAUAUUGCAUGACAAUAUUACAGGAGGAAUUUUGAUGUUUUGUAAAGUUUUGAACAUUUUAAGACUUGUGUUUUUGUGACAGAGCUGACAACCUCCCCUCGCUCUCCUUCCUCCCGAACUUCCUGAGCCAAGAGUUGACACAGUAUCUGGUGCCCCUGGUCAUCUCCAAUAUUUGACUACUGGUCCAAGAUGCCCUUUGAACCUGUUUAAAUAGCUGAUUUUAAGGAUGGUUGUUGUGGAGACUGUGUUUGAUAUUAUUGCUCAUAACUGUCUUUUUAAUGCUUUGCUUUUAUGCAGCACUUCAUUAAACAGAUUUAUGUGAAAAAGGCCAAGUUGCGUUCCCAGCACUGAUGCAAUGGACAUGAUUUUAGUUCAUUUAAAGUUUCAAAGGUCUAAGUUUGAAUGAAGCUAUUCACUUCUGUAGUAGGUAAGUAUUGGAGCUGGUCAAACAUGGCAAACAGAAGAGCCUCAGUUCAGUUCAGUUUAUCUACAUUGCUCCAGUACAUAACAUAAAAUCUUUAGGCAAUUUAGAAGACAUUCUUUCAAGGCACUACAAGUAUAAUGACAAAAUCUGACUUAUUUACAUCCAUUUUAAUUCAAUCUUAGUAAUAAAAUAAUGCAGUGAAGUUUGAUUUAUUACCAUUAUGUGAAUUGGUAAAAGGUUUUCUGUCUAAGGAAUCCCAGAAACUGCAUUGGGUCAUUUUGAGUGAGACAGUUGGGACAGUGGACAAUUGAAUACAAUCUUGUGCAACUGAAAGAAGGGUGUCCUGGAAACCUGCUUAUAAGACACACAUCCUGUGAGGACACUAAGGUUUGUUACAUUGUUUCCGAAUGAGUCAGUUGCUGACCAAGCAGUUUGUUUUCCAGAUUCUCUGAUUGGAAGAUAAAAAAACAUCUGUCUUCUCUGAAUUCUAAUAGGACACUUAUAUUGUUUACAACAAUAUAACUCAGAGAGGUGGCCCAGACAUUGAAUUCUGUGGUACUCCAUAACUUUCAGGCCUGAUAAAAAUGUUUCAUAUUAACAAACUAGAAUAUGUCAAAUAUCAUCUGGACUAGGUUUAUUACAAUAUUUUGUAUUGUAAUAAAACAUGUUCCAGCUGUUUGUAAAAGAAUAUUGUGAAUAUUAUGUAGAGGUCGGCUAUAAAUUCUCCACAGUUUCUGUCUGCAAGCACAUUGCAUUUCGUAUCUCCUCCCUCGUUCACCUCAGUUUAGAUGAAUACCUUCUCAGCAGGCGUCUUCUGUAUUAAACUAUGUAUUAUCUGCAUACAUCAUUUGACGUUUUCCUUGUCUGCAAAAACAAAACGGAAUAAAAAUUGCACUGUAGUUCUUCAAGUGAGAAAUAAACCAUUUCCUAGACCAAGAGGAAUAUUGGUAACUUGCCUGCCACCCAUUAUUAUAGUUUAGAGUUUAUUAAUAGAUGAUUCUUCCAUGAUGGAUAACCAUAUAAGGUUCAGAAUAUUAUUGGCUAAUUUUGAGUUUUCUUUGAUAUAAUGAGAUGGUAAUGCAUAUAAUUAGGGUGACAUUUAGAACACAAUGGACAAUAAAACACUUGUGACAGACACCACCGCCCUUUAGCUGUGCAUAGAUUCAUAGUCUAAUAAAGUGUUCAUUUGUAAUUAUAGGUCAAGCCAUAUGGAGACAACUUAAAUUACAUGUCAGACGCUUCUAAAUCAGGUAGUUAAGAAGAGGACAAGCCUUUGGCCUUUUUCAUGACGUGUUGCUGCAUACAAAAUUAAUCAAAUACAAAAGAAAUAAAUUCAUAUUUGCAAAAAGGUUUUGCAGAAUUUAAAACAGGAUUUGCAAAUGAUAUUAAAGCCACUAAUUUCAAUGCAAAGUUACAAGCAAGAAAAGAAAAGAAGCAGAUUAUUUUUUGAAACAUCAGUGUUAAUCUGUCUUAUUUUAUGGAACUCUUUUUAUUUUACGAACCCUCCAGAAAGCCCAGGCCUUCUGGACAUGGGCUAUUGGCUUUCCCUGCAGUGUGAACUAAAACAUAUGAGGAUUCUUGUAUUUCAUUAUGUUGCUCUCCUUGAGAAUGAACAACCUUAUGACCUGAAAAUGAAUAAAAACCACAAUUAAAAGAAAAUUAACUGUUUAAAAACCUUAUUUAGAAUUUGUCUGUGUUGUUUUAGCAAAAGUAUUCUAUUGCGCUAUCUGGGUUUUAGUUUUGCUUGAAUUUGAGUCAAAGUUAAUUAUCACACUGUCCUUAAUCUUAUUUUAUUUUCAGUUUUGGUCAUACAUACAAUACAUACAUACAUAAUUUCUACGCAUCUUUUUGAUUUUGAUUUUAGCUAAGGACUAAGAGUAAACUAUACAUUUUUCUCUUGCAUUAAUUUACCUAAUUUACUGAGAAUUUUAAUAUAUCCAUAACUGUAAUAGAUUUUGUUCUUUGCUAUAACUAUUAAGAUGCUUUUAUUGUUUGUCAUUUUAAUACUUUGUUGUAUUAACAGAGAACAAAUGUUUCUUCAUUGUUUAUGUAUGUUUUAAUCUUUAGUAUUUCCUUAUAUGAAAAAGAUAGAGUUUUUCCUCCUCACCAGAUUUUCCCAUCAUAUUUGAAAAUAGGUCUGUGUAAGAGAAAAUAAAGGCAUGACAGGUGCUUGCAGCCCACAUGGCCCUCCUGCUGGGCUCCUUAUUAUGAAAACCCAAUAUGUUCAUCCUUUGAUACAUGUGAAAGAAUAAUGGAUCUUUAAGGCUGUGCAUCUUGAGUAAUACAUAUUUUGACAAAUGCACAAUGACAGAAAUUUUCUUACAUCUGUGAUGUAUGCAUUGACAAAAUAUAUGCAUGUGUCUAAUUUAAGUACCAUGUUAUUCUGUUUGCCAUAAAUAUUAGUAUUCUGUCCAUUCUAACAUUAUCUUCAAAGAUUAAAUGACUCAGAAUGUCACUAAAUAGAACUGCGACACAGGGUGCAUAAAUAUCUGAAACCUGAAGAAAAGAGUCAGUCGAUGCUUUUUAAAGUCUCAGAGUCUCUGGGAACAUUUGCUCAAUUUGUUUUUACUGUUGUUUGACAGCUUUACAGAAGCGUUAUUGACUUGCACUGGCAAGGAAUGCUGAGUGAAAGCUGAUGUGAAAAAUAAUUACAUAAAAUGUAUUUGUUGGUUGACUAGCUGCCUUUCAUAAAUUUUAAACAUUCCCAGAGAUGCAGUUUGGUUAAACUGUGCCACCGUCAGAACAGCUGCUUCAGCUGCGGCUCUGAAAUCCCUCAGAGUUCAUGUAAAAUUCAUUUAAUCUCCUCAGAUUUGUGCCAGGAAGGAGAGAGUGUGGCUGAGGUGUGAUGUCACGAUGCUACCACUGUCACUGGGUCUGUACAGAGUUUUUUUUAUUUUUUGUGUGUGGUAAUGAUAUGAAUACCAUCCACAGCUGCCUCCUGAGAUCCCUCCAGGCGGUGUUGUAGCCUUAUUUUCAUGGCUGAAUAGCUUUAAUAUUUUGGUGUAAAAUAGCAUGACUUGAUAUGAUCUGUUGGGUCUAUCCAACGAAGAUACAUUCAGUUAACUAAUUCAAUGCAUCUUUGUGUUUUAUUUGGCUUUAUUUUGAAAAAAGAUUAUUAAAACAGUUGGUGGAUGAAGUUUUCUCACAAAAGUUAAUGUACCGCUACCACUACUUUCAAUCCCCUAGCUCUGCUCAAACCAUACAUUCAAUGGUUAAUGGUGUGAAAACAGUACUUUAAUGUUUUGCUUUUGUGGGAUUUUCACCUCAAACAACAAUAUCUACAUGUAACAUUUACAGCAGCUUUGAAUUGAUAUUUACUUAUACUAAUAUGUAUUUACGGUGGCUGUCACAUUUAUAGACACAGUUAAAAGUGUGGGAAGCAUUAAAAUAAAUUCCUCUUUUAUUGCACUGGCUGUCACUAAAAAUGCUAGAAACAUCCAAUGUUUACAGAAUAAUGUGAGUAUUAAGAGGGGGGGGGGAAAUUUUCAUGUCAUGCUCUCUAACAAGGUUCAAGGAAAAAAGCAACGCCACAUAAUCACACACCUUCCACCAUGCUUAAAAGUAGGCAUGAGGUGUUUUCCACAUAGUUAACAUUUGUUUUAAGGCACACUCACUUGGAGUGUUUGUGGUGAAAAAUUAUGUGUAACACGUCCAUUAUAUGGUACUAUGUGUUUCAAUGGAGUAGGGCUAUAUGCACCUUGGCCCUCAAGGCUGUGGAAACUUUUUCUGCUACACUUUGUGCUCCCUUUCAACUUGUAGAUAGUAAGCUUUUAAAACAGCACUCAGUGAAUAACCUGCCAUUUUAUACCGCCAUCAUGCUGCUCCUUACCUGCCUUACAUUUCAGUUGUGUUAGACACAACUACACUGCCUAUGAUUACAUCCUCUCCAGCUCCCUCUUACCAUGCAUUGGACAACACCUCAUGCAAAAUUUCAUUUCCAUUUAAGCCACAUCAGAUGGAGAUACAUAAGUUAUGUAAGUCAUUGGUUAAUGUUGCAGCAAGUACUCAAUAUUAACUUGAUCUGAGGUUAAGGCUGUGCACACCAAGAGCCUGCACCGAUAAAGAGAUGUUAAAAUGCCCAGCUGACCGAUAGGUUUCCAAAGCAGCAGAUCCAAAGCAAAAUACGUCUUUUCUUUUUUUCUUAUUCUUUACAAAACACAAGAAUUCCUGCAGGAGUUAACUGGUUUGUCAAUUCUCAUUAUGUCAGUCUGGAUAGAUCAAGAUUUGACGUCAGUAAAAGGUAUAAUUGUUUGUGUCUUAUUCUGAUUUGCUGUUCAACUCUGAAGGAUUUGUUUUUGUCAGAAUAAAAUCUAUCAUGCCUGAUCCUUGAAUCUUUUUAAUAGCAAAUUCCAACAAUUUCUGGUUAAUUCUAUUAAUAAUCAUUUGGAACAUUAAACUUGAAGUCUCAGAUGGUAAGUUGAUCCCUAAAUAUAACAUGAAAAAGCUUCGGACAUCGCUGUAAAAAUAAUGUAUCCUGUCUUGAAG